AAACUGCGGGCCUUCUUCAACAACACGUGGAUGGAGAGGUAUGCCGAGCCCAUCAAACCAGGAACGUGCACCAUUGUGUGGAGCUUGUCGGUGGCCAUCUUUAGUGUGGGCGGCAUGGUGGGGUCCUUCAGCGUCGGAGUGAUGGCAGACAGAUUUGGGAGGUGAGUGGUGACCCAGUGUUCACCUAGUUCACCCCAAUGCCAUUUUUCACUGACUAUCGAUCGUUUUCUAAUGUUAAAAUUUUCGAACAGGGUAGGAAGUGAAGCUAUCAAUGCAAAAACCAAAGGGUUUGACAUGUAAAUUAAAAACCACUGCACCUUCACGCACUGUAACAAUAUUAUUUGUGUCAGGAUACUUAGAAUAACAUUUCUAGCGCAAUGUCAGUCAUCUGCUCUGAUUUAAAAAAAAUAAAAAAAACAUUUAUUAGCUACCCACACGUAUUGUCUAUGGCAGAAAAAUCAGCUGUGACUAAGGUUUAUUUACCUUAUGGGUGAAUUUGGUCACACUUCAGUUCCGGUUCUCUACCUUUCCUUGGUCUGCCUCUGCCUCUGCUAAGCUGUCAGAACCAAUGAGGCUCCAAGGAGUCAGUGGAGAGUGGUUAGAACUAUUGCUCUGUUUCCACCUCCCUCUACUCUCACUCUCCCUCCCUCUUAACCUCUCUCACUCUGUGCAACACUGUCUAUUAAGCCUCCAAUCUCUGUGUGUGUGUGUGUGUGUGUGUGUGUGUGUGUGUGUGUGUGUGUGUGUGUGUGUGUGUGUGUCUCGGGGUAUUGGGAUAAAGGAAAUUGUCCAUGUUCUUGGUCAACAUCCUGGCUGUGAUCGGAGGCCUCCUCAUGGGUUUCUCCACCCUUUGCUCCUCCUAUGAGAUGGUCAUCGCCGGACGCCUCGUCAUUGGCCUCUUCUGUGGCCUCUUCACCGGCCUUACGCCCAUGUAUGUGGGGGAGCUGUCCCCCACCCCUCUCCGGGGCGCCUUUGGCACCUUGCACCAGCUGGGCGUGGUGAUUGGCAUCCUGGUGGCUCAGGUCAGUCCUCGACGGCAGUCAUCUUGAUUUCUGUGCUUUAACAUAAGAAUAGUCUUAACAUGUACAUUACCAUACCAUGUCUCUGCUUACGAUACUGGGAAUAAAGUCCCCAUAUAAGAAUAUAAUGUUUUAUGUGCGGGAUUAUUCUUAUAUGUAGUGAUGUAGUAAAAAAAAUUAAGAAUGGUGGGUAACCAACCGUGAUCGCCAUUCGCGGAGAAUAAAGUUACGCUCCCUAUACUUUCAAUGCAUUUUCCCGCAAAAGGUGGGUAAAUGCUCGUGUAAAAUAAAUAGGUGUCUAAACGGCAUUUACUUGCAUUUACCCUCCACUACACCACUGCUUAUAUGAUUAAGUCGUAACCGGCAGACAUUCUGAUUUCCUUGUCUCUUAACAUUGGAGUAAUAUAUUUUUCUAAUUAUUUUCUAAUUAUUCAAAUUAUUUAAUGAGUAUUAAAUUAGUUUUUAAUGAGCGACUACAUCUUGCUCUAGGAAUACAAUUAGUAAUAUUCCUCCCCUUCAUUUUCUCCCACGCACUGUCAUGAAACUUAUUUGAAUCCUUUUAUAGAACUGCCACUUCCUUUCCAUGCCAUCAAUGGAUUGGUGUAUUGUUUAAUACUAUCUACCAUAGUGUAUAUCCAUCCCAUCAGUGCUUUCCAUCCCAUCACUGUACAGCAUAUCCCAUUAAGGUUUGCAUGUAAGCUUUGAAUGAAACAUUACUGGUAGUAAAGUUAAUCCUACCUAAACCUCUCUGUGUUGUAGAUCUUUGGCUUGGAGUCUCUGUUGGGGUCGGACAAGCUCUGGCCUCUGCUGCUGGCUCUGACGGUCAUCCCGGCCGUGCUGCAGUGUAUCCUGCUGCCCUUCUGUCCUGAGAGCCCCCGCUUCCUCCUCAUCAACCAGAACAAGGAGGAGCAGGCCCGCAAAGGUGGAUGCUCCAAACCAUAGAAACCAUCAAAUUGUUGGGGUUUGAGGGGCUUUGCACAUUCUAGUAAUUAUAUUUCUAUGCUCCAAAUGCAGUCAUUUACUUUUGUUCGUCAGGAACUCUGAUUCGUAAGGAAGAUGAAUGGAAACGCUUCAUUUUACACUCCUAUUUUAGCUUGUAUGUACCUGGUAUUGUAUCUAUUUGCGGAUGAAUUAUGUAGUCACAUUUUGUAAUUUGGUGAGUGGUACUUAGACGAGUACCAACACACUGGUGUAUGUGACAAUAAAACACUUUAUUAGGUACACGUACACGACCCCAUUCACAAAAAUGGUUUGCUCCUACAGACUGUAAGUCACGUGGCUAUUGGCUUGCUAUAUAAAGCAGGCAGACAGGCAUCAAGGCAUUCAGUUAAUGUUCAAUUGAACAUUAGAAUGGGCAAAACGAGUGACCUAAGCGACUUUGAGCGUGGUAUGAUCGUCGUUGACAGGCGAACCGGUUCCAAUAUUUCAGAAACGUCCGGCCUCCUGUGCUUUUCAUGCACAACAGUGUCUAGGGUUUACCGAGAAUGGUGCGACAAACAAAACAUCCAGUCGGCGGCAGUCCUGUGGGCAAAAACAGCUCGUUGAUGAGAGGUCAAAGGAGAUUGGCAAGAAUCGUGCAAGCUAACAUGCGGGUCACAAACAGGCAAAUAAUGGCACAGUACAACAGUGGUGUGCAGAACGGUAUCUCGGAACGCACAACUUGUCGUUCCUUGUCACGGAUGUGCUAUUGCAGAAGACGACCACACCGGCUUCCACUCCUAUCAGCUAAAAACAAGAACAAGAGGCUCCAGUGGGCACGCAUCAACACUGGACGAUUGAGGAGUAGAUAAACAUUGCCUUGUCCGAUGAAUCCUUGUUCCUGUUGCGGAGUAAGCAGCAUGAGCCCAUGGCCCCAUCCUGCCUGGUGUCAACGGUACAGGCUGGUGGCGGUGGUGUAAUGGUGUGGGGAAUGUUUUCCUGGCACACGUUAGGUUCCUUGAUACCAAUUGAGCAACGUUUCCAUGCCCUGAAGAAUUGAGGCUGUUCUGGAGGCAAAGGCGGGUCCGACCCGGUACUAGAUGGGUGUACCUAAUAAUGAAUUGAGUUAGAGCCCUCAAUGUACAUUAAAUACCAUUGAAUGGUGUGAAUUGUGCAUGCCAAACAUAGCCCUGUGGCGUUAUUGCCCUUCCUCUGACUGAGCAUGAGUUUAAUGCAUACAGUGACAGGCCAGGCGAGACGGACGCUUGUUGAGCCAAGAGAAGAGUCCCUGAUGCACAGCAUAGGCCAACAGCAGGUUUUGGCAUCGGUCCCUACAGUAGUUCACACUGUGGUGGGGGUCACCUGAGUGCAUGUCCUAGUCUCCUUCACACUGUUUUGUUUCAAACACACUGCUUUGGUGAAUAAGAUAAUAAAAAAAGGAACAUUUGUUUUGGUCAGUCUUUUAUGUGAUGGAUAACUGAACAAACAACGACAACGCAGGCAGGUUUUAAUGUUGGUGGUACUAUAGCUAGUCUGCUUGAAAAUGUACUCAACUAAUGUUUUAAAGGUCCAAUGCAGCCAUUUUUACCUCAAUAUCAAAUCAUUUCUGGUUAACAAUUAAGUACCUUACACUGAUUGUUUUCAAUUAAAAUGGUCAAAAAUAAACAAAAAUAGCUUCUUAGCAAAGAGCAAUAUCUCAGCAAUAAUUUUGCUAGGACUGCCUGGGAGUGGUCUGAGAGGGGAGGGGAAACUUAAAACUAGCUUUUAUUGGCAUAGAGGUUUGGAACUCUCUUUCUUAUUGGUAUAUUAACUAAUUUCACCAUGCAGGCCAAAACUCCAUCCCACCAAAACAGCGUUAAAUUCCAGUUGUUCUUUUUUCAGCUCUUACACUAAAAGGGAAUUAUCAUCAUUUUUACAAUUUCACAGUAUUAUUCCAAACCUUAUAGUGUGGAAAUACAUAAAAACACGGGAAAAUCACAGUUUUUACUGCAUAAAAAUGCUUUAUGCACCUAACGUAUUUCAAUAUUGUCAUUGGUUGACUUUCUACUUACCUAGCGAUUUUACAAAUACAUUCUCUCCUUUUACAAAUUGUAUGUCCUUCACUCUCCAUUAUAGUGUCACCUAUCUGUCCCUCUCACUCUGCCAUUUUCUCCCCCUAGCCCUGGUGCGUCUGCGUGGCUUCGAGGACGUGAGCAAAGACAUGCAGGAGAUGAAGGAGGAGAGUUCCAAGAUGGCCAUGGAGAAGAAAGUGACCAUCCCCGAGCUGUUCCGCACCGCAGCCUAUCGGCAGCCGCUCCUCAUCGCCGUCAUGCUCCACCUCUCCCAGCAGCUCUCUGGAAUCAAUGCUGUGAGUGAACUAUGACUCCCAGGAGGCCACAGUACAAACACAUCUAUUUAGUUGAAAGGUCACCAAGGAUAUCUGAGAGGACAGGCUAACAAUACAGGGUCGUAUUCUCUAGGCAUGAAACGAAGAAAAAAGGCAGAGACGGGGAGGUACUAUCUGAAUUUAUCCAAUAAGAAACAAUGUACUACGGUGUGCCCUUAUGAAGAUGACCCGGGCUUCAUACAGAGAGAAACUGCAGCUGCCUAUGCAUAGUUGAAUGGCAGCUGCAUUCAACCUGCCUUACAGUAUACUCUCAAUGCUUGCAUGUUUGGGAGAUUUGUUUGGAUUAUUUGAUGGAUUAAACAUGAUUUAAUGGAUGUACGGCAACUCCAUAUUGUUAGAGUGUGUUAAAAAGACCACUUUGAUAAGACGUGGCUUCCUAUUCAUAGAUCAUGGCCUUGCUUUAGAUCAAGAACAUAAUCCUAUUGUCUCCCUCCCCCAACCCUGUUCAGGUGUUCUACUAUUCAACUGGUAUCUUUGAAUCAGCCGGUGUAACCCAACCCAUUUACGCCACUAUUGGAGCAGGAGCUGUUAACACUGUCUUUACUGUGGUAUCUGUAAGUAUAAUAUGCUGCAUUUGUUAGUGUUUUUGUGUUUAUGUAAUGUAUGUUUACUGUAAGGGAACUUAUUUCUCUGUCUUUGUCAGCUCUUCCUGGUUGAGAGGGUGGGACGAAGGACUUUGCAUCUCGUCGGAUUGGCCGGAAUGGCCGUCAGUGCCCUGCUCAUGACUAUUGCCCUCCUGUUGGUGGGUGUCAGUUUCUAUUGGUUGUCAUUCAACAUAACAGAUAUGUCAUUAAUUACUGUAAUUCAUUUUCAUUGCUAUUAUUGAUGAUAAUCUCCAUCUCCCGCCCUCCCUUCCUCCCUCCCUAUUUCCUUCCUUCCAUUUUUCCUUCCCUCCCUCCCUCUCUGUCUCUCUCUCUCUCUCUUUCUCUCUCUCUGAGUAGAAGGGCUACUCGUCUCUCAGCUACCUGAGCAUCGGGGCAGUGUUUCUGUUCGUGGCCAUGUUUGAGAUGGGGCCUGGUCCUAUCCCAUGGUUCAUAGUGGCGGAGCUCUUCUCCCAGGGUCCACGGCCGGCCGCCAUAGCCGUGGCCGGCUGCUGCAACUGGACCGCCAACUUCCUGGUGGGAGUCAGCUUCCCCAAACUGGAGGUGCGAGAGGUUUCUCUUGGUUUCCAAUUAGGGGCGAAUCCUAACUUCCACCUAAGUCAAAAUUUCACAUAGUAAUACAUUGACUCAUUUGAAUAAUUACUACUUCCACUAUUUUUCUCUGUCUUUGUUUGUCUUUCUGUAGGAGCUGUGUGGGCCGUACGUCUUUAUCAUCUUCAUGAUCUUACUCCUCUUCUUCUUCAUCUUCACCUUCAUCAAAGUCCCAGAGACCAAGGGCAAGACCUUUGACGAGAUCGCCCGCGAGUUUGGCGGAGCCCCCCCGCCCCCUGCCAUCUCUGUGGAAGCUCCUCCCACUAGUAGCAGCGUAACACUUCCUGCCUCGCCCAUCAAGGAGAAGGUCCCAUUGAUGGAGGCGGCAGCAGCAGAGGAUAAAUCCAUCUCAACUGCACAGGCGAGCUUGUAG